CGACUUGCAAAAGCCCAAAGUUCUCCGUAUUACCCCAAAAUAACAACCACCACGAUAACAAUUAUAACUAUAAUUUCAUCUCACCAUGUCAGUGACAUGUGGCCAAUGGUUGUUGAAGCCCUUGGUAUCAGCUGCUAGUACAAGAUCCUCCCACUCUUAUCUGUCUACUGUUUCAGUGUUCAAGCUCUUCACUAAAGAGACACCAGCCCAAGUCUUUGCAGCAAGAAUGGCCACCAGUAGCGGAGCUGACAACAAGACAAACCCCGCCAAAGUCAUUGAUUCACACUUGCACGUUUGGGCAUCUCCUGAAGAGGCUGCAGGUAAAUAUCCUUACUUUCCAGGUCAAGAACCCACUUUACGUGGAGAUUUAGAUUUCUUGUUGCAGUCCUUGGAAGAAGCAGGUGUAGACGGUGCACUCAUUGUACAGCCCAUUAAUCAUAAGUUUGACCAUUCUCUAGUGACAAGUGUCCUGAAGAAGCAUCCAAACAAGUUCGUUGGUUGCUGCCUUGCAAAUCCUGCAGAAGAUGGAAGUGGACUCAAGCAUCUCGAAGAACUUAUUUUGAAGGAUGGUUAUCGUGCUGUUCGCUUUAACCCAUAUCUGUGGCCAUCAGGAGUAAAGAUGACAAAUGACAUUGGAAAGGCACUGUUUUCCAAAGCAGGAGAACUUGGUGUACCAGUUGGUUUCAUGUGCAUGAAGGGUCUCAAUCUCCAUAUUUCAGAAAUUCAGGAAUUAUGCACAGAGUUUCCUUCCACAGUUGUAUUGCUUGAUCAUUUGAGUUUUUGCAAACCACCAACAAAUGAUGAAGAAAGUUUUGCCUUCUCUGAGCUUCUGAAGCUAUCAAAAUUCCCUCAGGUGUAUAUUAAAUUCAGUGCCCUGUUCAGGGUGUCAAGAAUGCCAUUCCCAUACCAGGAUCUGGCCCCCCUCCUCUCCCAAGUUGUUUCAAGCUUUGGCGCGAGCCGAGUCAUGUGGGGCAGCGAUUUCCCCUAUGUUGUUCCUGAAUGCGGUUACAAAGGUGGAAAAGAAGCAGCACUAUCCAUCGCCAAUCAAGUACCUUUAUCAUCAUCCGAGUUGGAGUGGAUAAUGGGUAAAACAGUGAUGCAACUCUUCCAAGGCCAAUGGGUUCCAUGAGCUUGUACCAAAAAGAUUACCCCCGCCAUGCAAAUCACAACAGAAGAUGGUUAAUUGUAUGGGAAAUAAUUGAGGAAUGUUUCUCUUAGCCUUUCACAGGCCCAUGCCUGAUCCUAAGUCUCCAUGUUUUCAGAGACUUUUGAAGAUGCUAUUGGAUGGUAUGGGCUGAACAUAUCAAAACUUACCAAUCCAUCCCGUCCUUCCAA